CUCGGAGUAGUAGUCAAACCUUCCGUGUUAGAAACCCUAGCUGUGAUUGACAGCUGGGUAGCGGGGGCCUUGCCCGCCUGCAAAAAUUAUGAGGAUUUGUCAAAGCCUAAUGGAGAUGGAAAUGCCAGAUUAUGCCGAGUCUCUCGACUCCUCGUACACCAUGCUAGAGUUCGAAAAUCUGAGGGUGCUGCCCACCAACUCAUCAGGUUCAGUCGACAGUGUGUGAUCGACAAAGACAAGAGAAAUCAGUGUCGAUAUUGCCGCCUGAAAAAAUGUUUCCGAGCAGGAAUGAAAAAAGAAGCUGUCCAGAAUGAACGGGACAGGAUCAGCAUCCGGAGAAGCAGUUAUGAAGACAAUGGGGCAUUGUCCAUCACCAUCUUAACCCAAGCAGAAGCAAUGGCACAGCAGUAUUCAGCUCUCCGUCCCGUGCACAGCGCAGAGCUCGCCAUGAAGAAAAUCGCCACCAUCAACGACGUGUGUGAGUCUAUGAAGCAGCAGCUUCUGGUUCUCGUGGAGUGGGCAAAAUGCAUCCCCGUGUUCUGCGAGCUUCCUCUGGAUGACCAGGUUGCAUUGCUCAGGGCUCACGCGGGGGAGAACCUCUUGCUGGGAGUUGCAAAGCGCUCCAUUCCGUACACAAAUUUUCUCUUAUUAGAUUGCAAAGGGCUGAGCGAUCCGGGGAAAGUCAAGAACAUGCGUUUCCAGGUGCAAGUGAACCUGGAGGAUUACAUCAACGACCGGCAGUACGAUUCCCGGGGAAGGUUCAGCGACAUCCUCCUCCUGCUCCCUCCGCUGCAAAGCAUCACUUGGCAGAUGAUCGAGCAAGUGCAGUUCAUGAAACUCUUCGGCAUGGCCAGGAUUGACAGCUUGCUGCAAGAAAUGCUCCUUGGAGGAACAAGCAUGGAUAUGCCCCAAUACCAGCCAGGCCCUUCCAGCCAUAACAUGGAACAUCUUCCAAGUCACAUCGUGCUGCCUAGCACAAUUGGCUCAGUCAUUCACACCAUCUCAGUCUCUUCACCAGAAACUUCGCUCCCUUCUCCUUCCACCAGCACAGGAAGUGAAGACUACAAACUGGGUCCCACCUCCGGAUCUGAAAUCCAAACAACCCUUUUGCCCCAGGUGGUCAUCCCCAAACAAGAGAUCCUCUAGGAAAUCCACUCUUUAUUUUUUUGUAGUUGCCCCUUUUCGAAUUCAACAAGCUUUGCUCCCAUGAUGGCAGUCAACAUUGCUAGGUUUCUCGCCCAUUAAAAUCACCUUGUAUGUCACUUGGGUCCUUCCCGCAACAUUAGCAUAACAAGUGUUAACUAGCAUAUAAAACAUUGGCAGUUAAGUGGUUUAUUUUGUGUUACACUCCCAUCUAUUGUGUUGUUGUGGAAACAACAGGACUGGUUUGGGUGGAACAGCAAAUGGAGAUUAGCUCAAUGCAGAUCGUAAAACCAGUUUGAUGGCCAUAGCCCAAUGGUAGUUCUAGCUGAGAGAUGCAUUCAGUAUAUAUGAUUGGUGUAAUCCUAGGAUUUAACCUACGUUUUUGAGAUUCCUCUUGCCAUUUGUAAGAUAUCAAUGUUGGAACAAAAUAAAUUGUACUUAAAAUAAAAGUCUUCGAAGCAA